UCAGUGACAGAGAGCGAGCCGUGCGAGGAUCGUCGAUUCCGUAAAUAUCUGCGUUAUCGCGAGAGAUCUGUGUACAUUAUCUCCUGUGGAGGAUACAAGUAUCUCCCCACACAGUUCUCUACCGAAAAGAUCGGCAGGUGAAGUUUCCACGGGAGAUAUUUUCCGCUCACGACGAGAUGUCCGCAUCCAGUUUCCGUGAACGUUGGAACGUUUGCGCCUCUAACAUCGCUCGGAGAACACACAAUCCUAUAAGAUCGAUCGUGGAAAACAUCGUCGUCGAGCCGAAUCCCAACAAGCCCAUGAUCGCGUUGUCUAUUGGCGAUCCUACAACUUUCGGCAAUUUGAAGCCGCCAAAGGAGGUGAUCGAGGCUGUGCAAGAGAGCGUGGCUUCGCAAUUGUACAAUGGAUAUGCGCCGAGCACAGGUUAUCAGAGGGCGCGGGAAGCCGUAGCUGAAUACAGCUCAAAUGAGUUCGUGAAAGUCGAUUCCAAGGACGUAAUCCUGUGUAGUGGAUGUUCUUGUGCACUUGACUUGUGUAUCACGGCUUUAGCUCAAGAAGGCCAAAACAUCUUAAUUCCACGUCCCGGUUUUUCGAUCUAUCGAACGUUGGCGGAGGGUCUUGGUAUCACGGUUAAAUCGUACGACUUACGUCCCGAACUCGGUUGGGAGAUCGAUCUGGACGACCUGGAGGCGCAAAUCGACGAGUCGACGGCGGCGAUUGUUAUAAACAAUCCUUCGAACCCGUGCGGUUCAGUGUUCAGUCGCGACCAUAUACUUGACAUUCUCGACAUCGCCGCUCGUUAUUACGUACCCAUUAUAGCCGAUGAGAUUUACGAGCACAUGGUAUUUCCAGGACGGACUUUCCACUCGUUAGCGUCUCUAUCGACCGAAGUUCCUAUUUUGUCGUGCAGCGGACUGACUAAAAGAUUUCUGGUACCAGGCUGGCGCAUGGGAUGGAUAAUAAUCCAUGAUCGUCAAAAUGUGCUCGAAACUGAGAUUCGUAAAGGCUUGCAUUGCUUAAGUCAACGGAUAAUUGGCAGUAAUACAAUUAUUCAAGGUGCCUUGCCUGCGAUACUUCGUCAAACACCACAAAAUUUCUUCGACGAUGUUAUCCAUACUUUAUACUCACACUCCAAAUUGGCAUACAGCUGCAUAGUAAAGAUUCCGGGCCUGAAGCCGAUAAUGCCGGACGGAGCGAUGUAUAUGAUGGUCUACAUCGAUCUAUCGUGUUUUCCGGAAUUUAAUUCCGACCUGGAAUUCGUACAACGACUGCUAAUGGAUGAAUCCGUGUUCUGCCUGCCCGGCCAGUGCUUUGAUUAUCCCUCUUACAUGAGACUGGUAAUCACUGUACCGGAUGACAUGCUCGAGGAAGCUUGUCAAAGGAUUCAAGAAUUUUGCGAGAGACAUCAUUAUAAAACGGCAGAGAUCGCAGGGAGAAAUAGUUUCGUCGAUGUGGAAAUUCCAUAUUAAAAAACAGUCCACCAUAUGUCAGAGUCUCACUAAUAUUUGCAUUAACUCGCUGAUUAUCUCUCACAUAGAUUGCGUCCGAAAAAAAUCUUUCAGCCUUGGUUUUUGCUCUUGUGUAUAUGUAUAUGUAUCUUUAUUUCUACGUUUUUAUCUAUAUAAAAUCUACAUCUUUUGUAUCUCUACUUUUCUUGUAAGUAUUGAGUUAAACGGAAAGUUCGUGCCGUUUUUUGCUAACAGAUGAAGACCGAAAAAACGGCACGAACUUUCCGUUCAACCCAAUAUAUGAUUAGAUAAUAAAUGUUGAUUAUAUGUGAUUUAAAUAGUUUUUAUAUAUUUAUGAAAAUGUUGAGAUUACGAUAGUUUCCGAUUAACCGAAAGUUGGCUAAUGACAUACUUAUUAAG